AUGGACGCCUUCGAAGACGAAAAUCCUUUUGAAUCUGAACCAGAGCGUGUCCAGUCCGAUGGCUCCUCCUCCCGAGAGAACAUCUCGGGCGUGUCGUCUCCCGACAUCAAUACUCAGCCUGGACAAAUUUCAUCACCACCAACAUCCCCUUCCAAGAGGAACACUUUCCCUUCUCUAGGUUCCCACAGGCAGCCGCAGGCGUACAAGAGCGACUUCUGCUGCGGCAGAGAUCACUGGCUCCAUUCGGGCGAGGACGUGGAGAUUCUGAUCACGGACGCACUCAAGACUUCUGCGAACUCGUCUUCUCCUUAUAUCACAUACGUCAUUCGAGCGGGGAGCGCAGAAGCGCAUCAUAGAUAUUCCGAGUUUGAGUCGCUGCGCAACAACCUCGUGAAGCUCUACCCUACGCUCAUUAUACCCCCGAUACCCUCCAAGCAGACCAUAGGUGAUUAUGCUGUCAAGCAGGCCAAGGCGAAGGAGGAUGCCGCAAUGAUUGCACGGAGGAAACGUAUGCUCCAGACCUUCCUCAACCGUGUCGCGCGCCACCCUAUCCUGUCGAACGAGCACGUCUUUCACCGUUUCUUGGACGGCGAAGUGUCGUGGACGGAAGUAUUGAACUCGCCCCCGAUAUCGUUGCUACCGAAGAAUAUUCUGAAGGCACCCUCGCAUAACCCCACUGACCAGAGUGCGUCGCCGGCAUAUGCUGCUCUGCCCAACCCUUCCGCGGCACACCCCUUGCGAAGGCCCGACCAAAGAUUCUUGGACUCGGAAGUGUUCACAAACAAGUUCGCUGCGCAUCUGAGUGGGCCGAUGGAGAAGGUUACAAGGCGAACGAUGAAGAGGUGGUCGGAUUAUGCCCAAGACCAUGCGGAGCUCGGUGCAACCCUGAACGGUUUCAGCCUGAACGAGACUGGCCAGCUGUCUACGGCGAUUGAGAAGACGGGUCAGGCUGUCGAUGCGACUUACAUGUCUACGACGAAAUUGCUUCAGGAGUUCGAACAGAACUGGGCGGAACCUCUGCACGAGUACAGCCAAUUCGCGUCCAUCAUCAAGAAACUGCUACAGUACCGACAUCAGAAACAUGUGCAGUAUGAGAUGACUCAAGAAGCUUUGGAGACAAAGCGCGAACAGUUGGAGGACCUCGAAAAGAGCGAGAGAGAGGCACGGAGACUAGAAGAGGCCUUGAGUCAGGGGCGCCCCAGUACGCUUCGUGCCUCUUACUCGCACGGUGAGGGGGAGCUUGGGGAGGAGGGUCGACCGGCGACGGACGAGAACGAGGCGCGGCGAGAGGAAGAAUCGGUGUACUUGCCGCCACAUCCAGGACCGAACCCUGUGAAGCGGAGGGCGCCGGGUAUGGGUCUCCUGAACGCGUUGAGCUACACGCUGCAUGGGAUGAUGGACGUGGACCCGGAGACUGCUCGUCGGAACUCGAUCACCAAGACGCGGGAGUCGAUUUCCCAGUUGGAAGACGCGCUGCACUUGUCGGCGCAGGAUCUGAAAUACUCAAGUUCGACGAUACAAGCGGAUCUGGACCGAUUCCAGCGGCAAAAGGUAGCGGACUUGCGGGAGAUGGCGAUCAGCAUGGCUCGGAGCCAUCGAGACUGGUGCAAGAAGAACUUGGAAGCAUGGGAGGAGGCCAAGGCAGAGAUUGACAAGAUACCGGACCAUCCGAACCGGCUGCCGGAGGAGGAGGGUCUAGGAACGAAUGGGGCCGCGGGACACGGCAGAAGGGACUCGAUGGCAACGAUCAACGGUUAGUAAAGCGUAAUGUUUGAAUGUGAAGUCUGGGAUGGACGGGAUUUGGAUCGCACUUUUCCCAGAGGACGAUUGUUAGAGUACAUGGUGUUAGCUUGAAUAUACGCU